UGUAGUUCAUUUGACCUCAUACUGGAGAAUCCAUUUGCUGUUAUUAGCUAGGCUAAGCUUAUGAAAGUUGUGUAAUAGGAAAACAAGGGACGCAGCUACCUGGACGAUUUGCUUUAUUACGUUUUAUAGAGGAUCCGUCCUCCUACCUCUACCAUUAAAAUCUAUAUUGAACAUUUUUUUUGACAAAAAUGUUUUCACUCCCGACCUCCUUUCAGCCCCAGCAGAUGAUCGUACCCCUCAGUCAGCUUAUCAAUGCCCUCCACUCUCUGAAGAACUCAGCCACUGCUUCAGUCCAAACCCUGCACAAAGACUUCAUUCCAGACCAUAGUUCAUUUCCCAAUGAGCCCAGCGUGAGUUUAAGGGAUCUUGGCCUUUCUGACAUCAGUGUGAGCCAGCUGGAUGAGCUGGUCAGCAGGUUACUGCCUGCACCCGGACCACAGGAGUUCCCUACAGUUCCUUCAGUAUGGCGAACGAGUCACAUUUCCACAGGCAGCUUCUUUCACAACAAGCAUGGAUUUUCACACAGAAGAUUAGGGGGGUUCUCUUCAUCUAUAUUUCACAGACAAUACCACAGUCCCCUCAAAGAAGUUAGCACACAGCUGCAAUUUUUACCUGUCUGGAUGCAAAGUCGGGGAUUCAAGACCCUUAGAACAAAGACCAGACGAAUAGAGUCUGGUUAUAAUGGUCCAGUGGACUCUGAGGCCUACACACCAACCUUCAUAAAGGGUUUACUGGAGAGAGAAAAGGUACCAGAGGUGCAGUCGCUGGAUGAAGUGGUAAAACAAAGGAACCUUCCUGAAAACCAGCAAGAGGCCUUUAAAUUGGGUUUCACUGAGGGGUUCAUUAGGUCUCAGGCCUUUACUCGGAGAUCAAAAGGCGUACUGAGGAGGUUAAUCCUGAUGGUCCUCCUCCUUGUUGGUAUUUAUGGUUUGUCGAGAGCCUCAUUUUUCUCGGGUAAAGGCUCAUUUUCUGAUGCUGUGAGGUUUCGCACCACAUCUGGUUUUCACACAGCUGUUGAUCCCAUCCAGAUGAAGAAUGUGACGUUUGAACAUGUGAAAGGAGUGGAUGAGGCUAAGAGUGAACUACAAGAUGUUGUUGAGUUUCUAAAGAACCCACAGAAGUUCACAGUUUUGGGUGGAAAGCUGCCUAAGGGCAUCCUCCUCGUCGGUCCACCAGGCACAGGAAAGACUCUCUUGGCACGAGCUGUGGCCGGGGAGGCCGACGUGCCUUUCUACUAUGCCUCUGGAUCAGAGUUCGAUGAGAUGUUUGUGGGUGUUGGUGCAAGUCGCAUCAGGAACCUUUUCAAAGAGGCAAAAGCUAAUGCUCCCUGUGUCAUUUUCAUCGAUGAGCUGGACAGUGUUGGCGGAAAGAGAAUUGAGUCUCCUAUGCACCCUUACUCCAGACAAACCAUCAACCAGCUGUUGGCUGAAAUGGAUGGGUUUAAACCAAAUGAAGGGGUCAUCGUUAUUGGUGCUACCAAUUUUGCUGAGGCCCUAGAUAAUGCCCUAGUAAGGCCAGGGAGGUUUGACAUGCAGGUGACGGUCCCUCGUCCAGAUGUGAAGGGACGCACUGAAAUUAUCAACUGGUACCUUUCGAAGAUCAAAGUGGAUCCUGCCGUGGAAGCGGAGAUUAUUGCCCGGGGCACAGUGGGCUUCUCAGGUGCAGAUCUCGAGAACCUGGUCAACCAAGCAGCUCUGAAGGCAGCUGUGGACGAGAAGGAGAUGGUCACAAUGAAGGAUCUGGAGUUUGCUAAGGACAAGAUCCUCAUGGGCCCUGAGAGAAGAAGUGUUGAAAUAGACAAAAAGAAUAAGACCAUAACAGCCUACCAUGAGUCCGGUCAUGCCAUUGUUGCCUAUUACACCAAAGAUGCAAUGCAAAUUAAUAAGGCCACGAUCAUGCCGCGAGGUCCAAGUCUAGGCCAUGUGUCCUUGCUCCCUGAGAACGACCGCUGGAGUGAGACACGAGCCCAGCUGCUGGCUCAGAUGGAUGUCAGCAUGGGAGGUCGGGUAGCAGAGGAGCUCAUCUUUGGAAAUGACUACAUCACCACUGGAGCCUCCAGUGACUUUGAUGGCGCAACCAAGAUAGCUAAAUUGAUGGUGACCAGGUUUGGCAUGAGUAACAAGCUUGGAGUCAUGACCUAUGGUGACAUAACCAAGCAGAGUCCAGAGACGCAAGCUGCUAUUGAACAGGAAGUCAGGGCUUUACUAAAGGAUUCUUAUGAACGUGCUAAAAACAUCCUGAAGACCUACAGUAAUGAGCACAAGAAGUUGGCUGAUGCCCUGCUAAGAUAUGAAACCCUGGAUGCUAAAGAGAUCAAGAUGGUGCUGGAGGGCAAAUCCUUGGACCAAUAGAUACCUCAGUAGUAUUUUCACCUUGUCAUGUGUAUAUAAACAACUGUGCAAUGGAGCACAGGCCUUCUGGAGGCCCUCUAUUUUAUUCGUAAAAUUAUUGUUUUAUUGAUGACCCUGAACUUGUCCCGUCUACAACCUACAUGUUUUAUUUAAUAAUUCUGAGUUCUUUUUUUCACUUACUUUAAAGAUGUAAGAUGUCACAUCCAAUUUAAAGCACUUCAGGCUAAUUGGAUUGAAAAAAAUACCUGUUCUCCAGCACAUUAGUUAUUCGAAAGUACAAACAGAUUUUGAUUAAGUACGUCUGAACUUUGAUCAUGGCUAAUUUUAAACUUGGACAUACUGGUGAACACCAUAAGACCUUAAGAUACCUUAGUCUAGAAUGUACCGUUUGGCUGUAGCGAUGUUACCAACCAUUACAAACUGUUGUUUGUUCUUAUUUAUUUAAGUGCCCAAAGGUUUGCUCUGUUUUUCUGAAAUGAGUAAUGGGUGAUUGUGCCCUACUUUAAGCUCACCUGUGACUGAUACAUGGGGGAAAUGUACAUGAUGUAAAAGGCUUGUGGAAGAAUUGUGCUUCCGUUUGUUCUUUCAAACAAAGGCAUUGUUGAAGCUCAAAUAAAGGCGCUUAUUAAAGGUAA